AUGCUGACAGCGUCGUAUCCCGAGGCACAAUCGCCACCAUCAUCCGCAAAAAAACAACUCGGAUAUCGAACUCUAGUAGACGACGACUUUGCCUCGUUGCUUGCUCGAAUUGAUCAGUCCCUGCAAGAAACCACAUUACAAGACAAUGAAGAACAACACACAACUAGGCAAGAACGAACAGGAUCAUCCAAGGAAUUCCCGUAUCGCAAUGCACUUCCAACGCUGGAACCAUCGUCUUCUUCAUACAAGAUGCGCAACACUGCACCAACAUCGCACUUUUCGUUGGGACAUUUAACUGACUUGGUGCAGGACGCUGUCAAGACUAAAGGAGAUCAGGAUGAUGUUGGUGACUACCAAUAUCUCUACAAAUCUAUGUCGCAGCUAUCAUCUGCAUCUAGUUCUGGGAUAGAUUCGAAAGACAGGAUGAUGGAUUUCAGACGGGAUAUGGUUUCGCCUGGUGCGAGCGAUGAUGAUGGUGAAGUAGCUCGUAAUAGAAAAGUAACAUUCAACGAGAACGUAAUGGAAAAGACGAUUAGUUUUCGAUCGGGAUUCGACAGUUUUAGUUAUCGAACUGAUGAUGACGCCAAACUAUCUGAGAUCUUUGGAGAGAAUGGACCAGAUUUGGAAACUUUGGAGCUAUCUUCGGACUCUGGACAUGACGGCGCUUUAAACAUUCCAAAUCGUACCUUGGAUCAUUCUCGUGUGAAGACUGGACAAAGGGCAGAACCAUACAUACUCGGCACCGAUGCAUUCUUGCCGUCUACUACGUCGAGUCGUCGUGCACUGAUUCCAGAAGUAUCUACGAUGCUGGAUAACAAGAAGAAUGGGUCUAGUGUCAAGAAGGAAGGGUUGAGUAAGAGUGUUGAACCAAUAACACACAAAAUGAUUACAGGCGUCCCGAUUCAAGGAAUAUCAAAAGCGCCAAGGGUUGCACGUGCUGCUGAGCCUCCAUCGCUGCCCAAAGUCCCUGCGGUUUCUCGGCCUGCUCGUAGUCGAGGCACUCCAGUCACGAGAGCACCAAACCAUUCAACUCCAAAGGCACUCUCGACACCUAAACUGACAGCAUCAUCGAAACGACAACCUCAUAGUAUUUUCACACCAUCGCCAGCAUCAUCUAAACCAAAGAUGACAACUAGUACACCACAGACUCCCAAGAUAUCAACAUUUGUUACCGACCCAUUUGAUCUACCCAGUAAACACACACCAUUCAAGCUUCACAGUCCUUUUUCCGGAACUCCAUUCCAAGAAUUUCAUUCUGCGAGAGAGGAACAGGACGGGCAAGAUGAUACCUUUGAGGCUUUAGAAGGACCUGGGCCGUUAGCAAUGCUAACUGGUAUGGACUACGAAGCGGGUGAUGUCCAUGAUGAUGUCCAUGAUGAGUUUAUGGCACUGAAAGCUGAUAUGGAUGCUAUUCUAAAGAGUGACAUUUUGGGUGAUGGCCGGAGCAUAUUAGAUGAAGAUUUUAGGCCAGCCAGUGAAAUGUCGUUUUUGGAUGACAAUAAGAGUGAUGGCGAUUUGUCUGUGUCGUCCUUCCAUGAUGAUCAGUCCAUAUUGGGUGAAGACGAUCUUUUGCCACUACCGAAAACAUUCGACGAAGAGAACGUCUAUGCUGCUAAAACACCGAAAAGUGAACCAAGGCAUACGAGUAAACUAUCUAAUCUAGAGGCAGUUCCCUUGAGCUUGCCUUCUCCUGGAACCUUCUUUGCUUCUCUAUCUGGGAAACUGGGCAGCUUGGAGGGCCAAACGGAUAUACAAAAUAGGCCGUCCUUCACACCAACAGCUGCACGAUAUGUACAGAGAGUUGCUGAGACUGUCCAUGCCACUCCUUCAGUUGGAACGCUCGUCACUCCGAAAGGAUCUAGACGAGUCAGGGCUCCAUUGUACCAGUCGCCUACAGAGCCGGCAUCUCAACAUCAGAGUCCUACGGUCUUUGAAACCCAUGAGAUACAAAGGCAGCCCGUUCCUGUGUCUCGAUCAGAUAAGCUGCCGCCUCCCGAUUUAUUCGAUGCCAUGACAAUACCGAAUCGUGUAUUACCAGAUGUCGUCCCUGGUCGACUAAACAAUCCGACUACUCGCAAUCCUGUCUUGAUAUUGCCUGGUAAAUUAGGCGGAGCACCAUCUACAAUCAAACCAUGGCAGACCGCCCCACCGCGUAUGCCUCAGCAUACCACAUACGUAGGCUUCCCACCGACAUCAUAUCGAUCUAUCGGUCGAGUUACCUUGUCAAUACAAAACCCAACUAUAAAACCAGCUUACUGGGAGGUCUCGUCAAUCGGCAAGCCACAUUGUGAAUCGACAAUUGCAUCUGGACGGACAACUGAUAGGAAUAAUAAUCGUUACGGUACCGCAGGUACGCGUAAACAUGCAAUUGAUCAAGAUGUCUUCGUGUUUGCGUAUGCAAGUGGAAGGGUAGAAGCUAUGCAACGGGCCGAGGUGAUGUUGAGUUUCCAUCCAUUAAUGGCUGGACAGUAUUCCCAAACCUUCCAUCUUCGUUGUAAUGGUCGGCUAGUGGUUAUUGAGUUAGAAGGAACAGCUACAGUGCCAGUCUUCCGUCAACCACAACAGCAGCAGCAACGUUAUCAACAACAGCAACAACAUCAAAAUCAACAACUGCCGAAUCUUAAAGCAUCUAUCGGGUCUAAAUCAACGUCGACGGGCUGGACACCCUCAUUAGCGUCCUCUGUAAAUAUGAGUAGUAAUGUUGAAGCAUUAAGUGUUACCUAUGGUGGUAACCCAUGUAAACAACUAGCCUUCAAUGACGUCGCUGUAGGAAGAACCAAAGUGAUUGCUAUAUGUCUCUGUAAUAACUCUACAUCGAUAACACGAGCUAUGACUGUAGAUAUUACAGCACCGACAUCAUUCUAUGUAUCUACAGGACGUAUGAAAAUAACGCCCAGGAUACCGGUUUGGUCUGAAAUCACGUUUAGACCACACAGAGCAGGAGAGUGUGAAGGAGAAGUGAUUAUCAGAGCAGCUGGUGGAAGUGUGUGGCGUACAAAAGUAUCUGGUCGUGGAAUCGUAGUGGGCUCCACGCCUGGUUUUGGAGGAGCAGGAGAGGGUAGGGGCGAUGUGGUGCCUUUGUGGAUGGCACAACGGGCUACGGUUUUGACAAAGGGACCAUCUGCGGAUCGUAAACCACAAAGUAGUGGAAGGGAUGCGUGGCUUUUGAAGCCCGUGAUGUAUUAG